AUGUUCUCGCGCCGUCGCCGCCCUUCUCCCGCUAACCCGCGCAUCGAUCCUGGCACCGCUGCUGCUGCCACCACCGCCGCCACCUCUGCCUUUGGUCGGCUCAAUCAACCCACCGCCAAUGGCACCCUCUCCUCCGCCGCCGCCGCGGCUGCCCUUCGCUCUCACACCUCCACCCCGGAACCCGUCGGAAGCAUACAGACGAAGCGCAUGAUCAGACGUAACUCCAACUCAUCACAAGGCAGCAUGAGUGUGGUGGGGAGUCUGAACGGACGGCCCGGCGUGCGCAGAACCGAUAGCAACAGCUCCAUGACCGAGCGUACCUUUCGCGCCCCAUCCCCCGCCUCGCCCAUGCGUCCUGCAUCGAGUCUCGGCUCGACGACCACCCGUUUCACCUCGCCUCCGCCGGCAAAGGGGAAACGAAGUUCCAGUGCGGACCAGCCCCCACCCAGUACCUCGUUGCAAGCCAAGAGGUUGUCAAAUGUCAUGGAAGGGGACGAGCUGGAAAGAGCACAUGCCGAUUUCGCCAAGAAUCUCGCUGCAAGACGCGCAGAGGCAGAUUCGGGUGGUGCGUCAAAGGCCGUACCCCUGCCAAAGACCGCGGAAUCCGCAAACCAGGCUACUAGAAGCGAGCGCCCAACCAGCCCCGAUGCGCAGACUUCUUCCAUGCCCUCCACCCUCAGACAGCCCGCUCCAGCCAGUCGAACAUCGUCCGCGGCCGGAAGCCAUCUUUCAAACGCGAACAACGAUUCGGGCAGAGUCUACGGCGUCCAGCCCGGCACAUCUUACAACGCGCCAUCUCGCGUGUACGAUCCCAACACCCGAUCCUUUGUAUACAAGUCCGCCGCGGAUGCCCAGCCACCACCAUCUCCAACAAGACCCACGGUGGAAACAGUAUACGACCCGAACUCGCGGAGAUUCGUGCCGAAGUCGCAGGCAUCUAGCCUCCCUCCUGCCGUGAGAGCUGCUCGCGCUUCUUCUGUUAGCCCCACGCGAGCAUCUGCCGCAGUUACAUCGCAGAGACAACGACCUUCAUCUGCUCUAGCUGGCUCAAUGAAGCCUCCACCAAAGAACCCGGCCCGAUAUGCGCAAACAGCUGAAAGGCCGACUUCUCCGACCGUUACAACCCUGCACAAGCAACCAUCCGUUGUUCGAGAAGACACUAGAGGAGAAGAGGAGGCCGAGGCAGCAGCGCCACCCGCGAAACAACCAGCUACCAACACCCAGCAGCAGACCAUCCUCCCGGCCAAGACGUACACCGCUCGACCCGAAGACCACGGACGAUCGUCGAGUCUCGACGUUCCACGUGUCGGCUAUGAUGCUGCUUUGAGAGGACGAAACGUCUCUCAAAGUCCUCAACGCUCAGCCCGCUUCUCACCUUCGCCGGUUCUCUUGCCUCAGAUCCAUGUUCCCCCUCCCAGAGACAUUUCACCUGGCAAGUCGGCGAUGAAGCACAGCCCGGCGUCGUCGAUCCGGACCGCCUCUCCAAUCGCCGCAUUCUCUCCCCUUGGCCUCCACCGGGUUACUAGCCCUGGGAGCGAGACGAGCGAGAGUCCCUCUAUGGGCGCGCAAGAUGGUGCGAAGAAGAAGAAGUCUGUGCGUGUCAGUUUCGAUGAGCACUCACUCGGGGGAGCGGCUCCAGUCUUACUGCCCUCUCCCAUCUUGAAUCGCUCCCCGCAAAUGGGGGCCGAUGAUGAUGUCGAGAUGCCGUCGAGACAGGUGCUGCCUUCUUUCGGCAGCGUCAGAAGGGACCGUGUGCAGCCAGACCCUGCGGAAAAGGUCACGGAGAUGAUUCCUUCUAGCCAAGGGACGAGUAGUGAUCACGCCAUUGCUGGUAUCUUGAGGAAUAGUCGUGAUCCGGUGCCUCCGGAGGUGACUUCUAAAGAGAGUGCCGGCUAUGAGAGCGAUGAUGCGAGCGAGGCGAAUGUUCCUGUGUCCAUCCCAGAGGAAGCCCCAGCCGUCAUCCCCAUUGCAUCGGCGACCGCACCGGCUAGCGACUCCACAGCACCGACGGUUCGAGACUUUGCUCCGACUACCGUGGAGCAGGACAAUGUGCCGGCGCAAGAACCCCCUGCCAUUGCUUUGUUUCCUCCAACCCCCAAGUUGGACGAGGAUAACAGGGGGUCAUUCUUAAGCCCUCCGACACAAGAAGUUUCGAAGCGGAAUUCCAUGGAAGGGAUUUCUGUGCCGGGAGGUUGGGCUGGGGAUGCGGAUGAGCCUGCAACGAUUGUCGCUGAGCCAUCGGUGCCGAAAGCAACACCAGAGAUUUUUGAUGGAGCGGCACAGGACUCGAUGUCCAUUCCAAUGACGACGUCCGACCGGAGACUCAGUGCUAUUGACGAAGACACGGACGAUGCCGAAUUCAGCGAUGCGUUUGAAGAUCCCUCCGACUUUGAAGAUGAUGGACCGGGUGGCUUUGCCAGCUUGGAUGCGAUUGUGGAGAGUCCAGUUGUCCCGUUGUCUCCUUCACGACCCAGGGAUCCUCCAAUAAGCCCAACGCGAACCACGGCGCCUACCAAUAACGUAAACGAUAGCCCUUCGACUCCGAGUUGGGAUCAGGCUACCGCGUAUUGGUCUCAGCUUACCAAGGAGAAACGAGCAGAGCUCGAGCGUGCGAACCACUCAUCGGAUGAAGAUGAUGACAUGCAGCCUGCUCGGACGGCAAAGCCAAAAGCCGCAAGGGGUGUCAAUGGGAACAUUGCCACCAGCGUGCAACCGGUGCCAACGAUGCGAAAGUCGAUGCGUGCGCAGACCGGUCCUUCCAGAGCGGACUCUUCAGCCAGCUCAGGACAUAUGCGAAAGUCGAUGAGGGAGGGCGGUCGAUUGACGUCUUCCUUGCGUGAAGCGCCAGCUCGUGACGACUCGCACUCCGCAUUGCAGAAGAAGAGCUUGCGUCCAGCAUCGAUGGGUGCACCUGCGACUUCGGCGCCACGGACACAGGCGCAGAGCUCUGCAUAUCCGACUUCACGCACGAAGAAUGCUCAACCGCAGCAAAAACAGACCAGAGCGCAGACAGCACAAUUCAGCACGAGAUUGCAGAAAGAGUUGGCAGCGGCAGACGACUCUGACUCGGAGAGCAGCUUCAAGAAGCGACGCAAAGCCCGAGGGAAUGAAGCGCGGUAUACCAUGCGCGGAAGCAUGCGAGAUGCUGCUGCCUAUGAAUCGCCACGACCGCAGAGUCCAAUCGAGCAACGACCCUCAUCGCCUCCCCCGAGCUCCGGUAAUAGCAGGUUCAGCCGGCUCCGCUCCAUGUCGCCGAAUCCUUUCUCACGACGGAAGAACUCCAUUUCCUCGGUGCAAUCUCAAGAGCCCGUGAUUAAAAGCACGUUGCGGUCUACGGCCGCUCCUCCUGCUGCAGCGAGGAAAACACAGUCUAGGCAAACGCCCGCGCCCUCUGCUCCCCGAUACAAAUCCCGCUUUGCGGACUCGGAUGAUGAGGACGAUGACGCGCCUAAGCGAUCGUUCUUCAAAAGUCGAUUUGCUGAUUCGGACGAUGAAGAUGGCGGGCCUGCUCCUUCGAGUGUGAGAAAAGCGGAUCUAACUCCUGUUCGUGGCAUUCCUCGACGCAAAGACAGGGAAGACGGCGAUUCCACUGAUUUGGAAGAGGAGGAUGAUGCGCCGAGACGAAAGGGUGGAAAGAAGGGAGGACUAACUCAGGACCCUGCAGAAGUGGACAAAGUGAUGGCGUUGGCGAGACGAAAUCUUGGAAUGGCUGAGAGCCCUGCUGCGCCAUCCAACCAAGGCCCUCAUGAGGGAGCUUUGCUGCAGAAGGGUAGUUUGAGAGUCAAGCCAGCUGGUGGCGUGGAAGACACACCUCAGUCUACGGCAUCGAAACCCAGCGACAUCACGUUCGCCAUGCCGGAGAAGAAGCGCAGGGGUUUCAUGGGCAGCAUCCUUCGUCGGAACCGCAACAGCUCCUCGUCUAUCCAGCAGCUCACCGGAUCCGCCAGUCCACCUGCGACUCCCGUUUCCCCUCAACAGCAACUGCAGCAACAGGCGAACAGCAACAGGAUCAUCGAACGUCCUACGAGUCCAACACCCACCAGUCCAACCGGCCGACCCCCCAUGGCCAAACUCCGCAAAAACUCCAGCCAGCGCGUCAUCAGCCGCAACAGCUCCUACCUCGCCGACGCAACGCCCGUCGCCGCCGUCCCACCUCCCCCUCCGUCCGCCCUCGCCCGCGGCAGCUCGUACAUGUCCAACCGAAACGCAGCCCCCGCAACGCCCUCCUCCGCUCUACCCAAACUCUCCAACCAAGAACUCGACUCCUGGCAACGCCCCACUUCCCCAAGCGUAACAGGGACCCCCGACCGCCCGACCACGAGCGAAGGCUUCUCCUCCGACGCCGUAAAGUUAGCACAUACCCUCCGUCCGGACCUGGCGCCUAGAAGUCAGAGUCAGCAAUUACCUGCUUCGAGUGCGCUGGCGGGCGGUGCGGGCGGUGCUGCUGGCGGCGGCCGAAGAGUGCAGAUUCAGGCUGGUGAGGAGGGCUCGGAGCCCGGGGAGCGCGAGAAGUCGGCGGCGUACAUUGUUUCGGCGAAGACGGGGAAGAAGAAGAAGUUUGGGGGCUUGAGGCGGGUGUUUGGGUUGAAUGAUUGA